GAGGACGGGUCGGAUGACAUUCCCGAAGUUCCCGAUCAGAGCCUGGAGAUGGGAAUCCUGCCCAAAGAAAUCAGGAAGCUGGUGGAGCGACGAAAACAAGUCAAACAGCUGAUGAAGCAGCAGGACCUCAACUCUGACCUCUACCUGCAGUAUGAUAUCCGUCAGAAGGCUCUGAAGCUAACGGCUAACAGCAUGUACGGCUGCCUGGGCUUCAGCUUCAGCCGCUUCUACGCCAAACCCCUCGCCGCCCUCGUCACACACAAGGGGAGAGAGAUUCUGAUGCACACCAAAGACCUGGUUCAGAAGAUGAAUCUUGAGGUCAUCUACGGAGAUACUGACUCCAUCAUGAUCAACACCAACAGCAAGUCUCUGGAGGAAGUCUACAAACUUGGAAAUAAGGUGAAAGCCGAGGUAAACAAGCUCUACAAACUUCUGGAGAUCGACAUUGACGGCGUGUUUAAGUCUCUUUUGCUGCUGAAGAAGAAGAAAUACGCCGCCCUGGUGGUGGAGAACCACGGCGAGGGACGAUACAGCGUGAAACAGGAACUCAAAGGACUGGAUAUCGUCCGCAGAGACUGGUGUGACCUCGCCAAGGAGUGUGGAAACUACGUGAUUGGUCAAAUCCUGUCGGACCAGAGUCGUGACGUGAUUGUGGAGAACAUCCAGAAACACUUGGUGGAGCUGGGAGAGAAAGUAGCAGCUGGAAGCGUUCCACUCAACCAGUACGAGAUAAACAAGGCUCUGACUAAAGACCCUCAGGACUACCCGGAUAAGAAGAGCCUCCCUCACGUGCACGUCGCUCUGUGGAUCAACUCUCAGGGGGGUCACCGGGUCAAAGCCGGAGAUACCGUCUCCUACAUCAUCUGCAAGGACGGCUCCACGCUGGCGGCCAGUCAGAGGGCGUACGCUCUGGAGCAGCUUCAGAAGCAGGAAGGUCUCAGUCUGGACGUCCAGUACUACCUCGCCCAGCAGGUUCACCCCGUGGUGUCCCGCAUCUGUGACCCCAUCGAGGGCAUCGACGGCGUGCUCAUCGCCACCUGGCUCGGUCUGGACCCAGGUCAGUUUCGCGCGCACCAGCAGUUCCAGAGGGAGGAGGAAACAAACCGCAUGCUGGGAGCUCCGGUGCAGCUGACGGACGAGGAGCGAUACAAAGACUGCGAGAGUUUCACCUUCACCUGUCCUCAGUGCAGCACCGACAACAUCUACACCUGCGUCUUCGAAGGGGCGGGGUUGAAGUGUGAGCCCAGUUUGCUGCGCUGCUGCCACCUGCCCUGUGGGGAACGUCCCAUCGACCAGGCCGUCAACAUCUGCAACAAACUGCUGCUCGACAUCCGGCGCCACAUCAAGAAAUACUACUCCGGAUGGCUGCUGUGUGAGGAUCAGGCCUGCAUGAACAGAACCAGACGUCUGCCCAUCGCCUUCUCCAGACACGGACCCAUCUGCCCCGCCUGCACCAGGGCCACGCUCAGACCAGAGUACUCGGAGAAGGCGCUGUACAACCAGCUGUGCUUCUACAGGUUCAUCUUCGACUGGGAUCAUGCAGUGGCUAAAGUGCUGCAGGGCGAGAAAGAGAGAAAUCGUGCUAAGCAGUGGAGCCGAGAGAGGGAGCUGUACCGGAGGCUGAAGGAAGUGCCCGACAACGCCUUGGCCACCAGCGGAUACUCGGAGAUCAACCUGGCCAAACUCUUCCAGGCCUUCUCCUCCCUCAAGUAACGCACACACCUGUGGAGACGACACCUGCCGAGGAGCGCCGACGUCACACUCACAGCGGGACACUCACACACUCAACUCAUACAUUAGUGAAGAAAGGUCUUUUCCAGAUCUUCAAAGUCCAAGAUUGUGUCUCUUUAAAAGUAUUUAUAUUCAUUUAAGGAAAGGAACGCAGGAAAUAGAUAACAUUUGAGAGGCUGAAAAUGAACUUUUAUGCCCUUUUUGCAUGAAAAACAACUUAGGAUUGUUGGGUUAUCCAAAUAUGUUGGUGUUGUUGAUCCUCAUCGAUUUGUCUACUGAAGUUGCAGAUCACAAUAUUUUGUUCAUCGAUUCAUCUGUAGAUUAUCUUCUAGAUAUUAACUGUGUGAAACAUGUACAAAUAUUCAUCUGAGUUUCAAGAUGAUGUCCUUUUUAAAGUCCUAAUGUUCACUUUAAUGAUAUAAAUCCAGUAAAUCUGUAAAUAUCCGGGGCUGAAAACAGCAUUUUCUGACAUGUAUGGAACAAAAAGUAGAAUAAUCGAUUACCAGAAAAUGUGCCGAUUUAUUUCCAUCUACUGAUCCAUCGGUCUUCUGCUCAACGGUUUUAUUCCUGGUUUUGGUUUUCGAAUAUAUUGGUGAUUUUAGGCUUUGACCUCUUGACCCUCAUAUCAUCUUCUCUGAACUAAAUGGGCUUAUUAUUAGACUUCAAAACCCAAUCACACCUGCUCCACACGGACACUCGUGACUUGACCCCAUCUCCCUGACGCUGUAUGAUAAAGGGGAGUAGCAAUCAUACCUAAAUGACAUCUAUUGUGUGUGUGUGUGUGUGUGUGUGUGUGUGUGUGUGUGUGUGUGUGUGUGUGUGUGUGUGUGUGUGUGUGUGUGUGUGUGUGUGUGUGUGUGUGUGUGUGUGUGUGUGUGU